AUGAAUCACGAACUCACCUUGACUAUUUCUCCGUCACAUUUCUCCAAAGACACGCCAGCCCUCGGGAAGAAUGGCGGUGGAAGCGUUGCAGUACUCCCACCCGUGGGCAAGACUUCGGUGGAACGCAUCAAUCUCGAGCCUAUCUACGCGCAACUCAAGGCAGCGUUGGGUGAGUCAUGGAACGAUUACAAGACGGCCCUCAGUACGUUCGUCCAAGGCGGCCUCAAUCAGGCAGAGCUAUCAUGGGUUCUUCAGCCACUCCUCACUCCGGUGCCGAUCAUGAUCCCAGGCGCGGACCCGGCCAAAGCCCCUGCGUCGACUCUACAUCUUCACAACCAGCUGCUGAUGUCCAUGUACUCAAAUACCUUGCGCGACCCGCCCGCGACAGAUGUUGCGCCCUGGGUCGUUGCAACCGACAAACCGUCCAGUACUGCUAAGAACACUGGUGCGGGUGGUGGUGCAAAUGACAAGGCGGAGGAGAGGCUGAAGAGGGAAAUUAUGAACUUCCAUCCACGGGACAGACAGAGGAUCAAAGCAUUGAAAGAAGAAGGCCCGCGGUCGCCUCGGCAGAAUGUAUUGCGGCAGAUGAUAGAAUAUGGGGACGAGCUAGCUGCAAAACCGCCUGGCACUGGGAGCGGGCAGAACGAUGCGCAGGCUGCGACACCUGGUUUGGCGAGGAACAACUUCGACAUCGAAAUUCAACGACGAUACGCGCAGCCCCUUGCGAGCGAGCAGCUGGAAUUCCCGAGCCACAACGACCUGCAAAGUAAAAUUGAGCCUAUAUCUUACGAGCGGGGUCUGACGGGUGGCGUACAGCAAGGUAUGCAACAGUCCUGCUCAGAUCUUCUCGAGCAGGCUACCGAAGUAUUCAUUAAAGAAAUGUUGAGCGGCUUUCUGGCGCAUGCGCGCAGCAAUGCCGUGGGCCGAGAAGGUGUGCAAACUCAUAGAUUCAGGCGUCAGCUUCGAAAGGAGGAAGACGACGCUGAGAGAGGAGUGCUUCAGAGGAACUCGGGCGGCAUGCUACCUGUUGAAAUGCAAAUGCAAGCUUCCCGACAACCACUGACAAUGGCAGAUAUGCGUCUCAGUCUUGGUCUGUCAGAUGGUUACUUGAAGCAAGAUCCUUUUCUACAAGAGCGAAUUCAGUUGAAGCAUUACCCAGUCAUGGUCCCGUCUACUACAUCUGGACCCGAUGCCAAUGGCUUUUCAGGACGUGUCACGAAUGGGGUGAGGGGAUCCGGGGGCGGAGGUCCUAACCAUGGUGAUGCUAUGGACCUUGAUGACUUUGACUACGGCAUUUACAAAGGGGUGGGCAAGAGCGAUCAUGAUAAUAUUAUGGGUGCUUUGGACGAUUGUUUACUGGCGCCUGGCUAG